GGGUGGCAAGGAGACUCCUGGCUAGGGUCGCGGUAGGAAUCUGGAGGCAUCUGAUUGAUUCUCUGUGGCGUAGGGAUCUUGAGCCGAGUCAGCUGGUCCUGCCGAGUGCUCCCGGAACGGGGCCGAGUUCUGGGGGUUUUGUUUUUGUUUAUAGGGGAAGGGAGUUGUAAGGGGGGAGGAGAAUGGACAGAAUACUGCCUGGAACGUUAACUGGAGCAUUUCAGAUGCGAACAGCCAAAUAAUUCCAUAUUGUUCUUCCUUCAUUUGCUCCAUUAGUUAGGCUAACUUCAUUUUUGAAUUUUCAGUUUUGAAAUCGGCCAGUGUGUUUGGCAGAAUCUGGCCGAAUUUCGGGGUGACAGUUAUCCAAGUGUAUUUUAAUUAGGGCACGAAAGUCAACCACUGGUUUACGAUGGAAUUUCUGAAGACCUGUGUACUUAGAAGAAAGGCAUGCACUACGGUUUGCUUCUGGAGAAGACAAACUAUACGAAAGCCUUCAGUUAGAAAUAUUAGUACUAGCUCUCCAAGGAGCACUGUCAUGCCAGCUUGGGUGAUAGAUAAAUAUGGGAAGAAUGAAGUGCUUCGAUUUACUCAGAACAUGAUGAUGCCUGUCAUACACUAUCCAAAUGAAAUCAUUAUCAAAGUUCAUGCUGCGAGUGUAAAUCCUAUAGAUGUCAAUAUGAGAAGUGGGUAUGGAGCUGCGGCUUUAAAUAUGAAACGUGAUCCUUUACACAUUAAAACCAAAGGAGAAGAAUUUCCCCUGACUCUGGGUCGGGAUGUCUCUGGUGUGGUGAUGGAAUGUGGACUUGAUGUGAGGUACUUUAAGCCCGGAGAUGAGGUCUGGGCUGCAGUUCCUCCCUGGAAACAAGGCACUCUCUCAGAGUUUGUUGUAGUCAGUGGGAAUGAGGUCUCUCACAAGCCCAAAUCACUCACUCAUACUCAAGCUGCCUCUUUGCCAUAUGUGGCUCUCACAGCCUGGUCUGCCAUAAACAAGGUUGGCGGCCUGAAUGACAAAAAUUGCACAGGAAAACGUGUUUUAAUCUUGGGUGCUUCAGGUGGAGUUGGUACUUUUGCUAUACAGGUAGUAAAAGCAUGGGAUGCUCAUGUGACAGCAGUUUGCUCUCAGGAUGCCAGUGAACUUGUAAGGAAGCUUGGGGCAGAUGACAUAAUUGAUUACAAAUCUGGAAAUACGGAACAGCAGUUGAAAUCUUUAAAACCGUUUGAUUUUAUCCUUGAUAAUGUUGGUGGAUCCACUGAAAGCUGGGCUCUAAAUUUACUCAAGAAAUGGUCAGGAGCCACCUAUGUGACUUUGGUGACCCCUUUCCUCCUGAACAUGGACCGAUUGGGCAUAGCGGACGGCAUGCUGCAGACAGGCGUCACCGUGGGAUCGAAGACGUUAAAGCAUUUCUGGCAAGGAGUCCAUUAUCGCUGGGCCUUUUUCAUGGCCAGUGGUCCAGAUCUAGAUGACAUUGCAACACUGGUGGAUGCAGGAAAGAUUCAGCCAGUUAUUGAGAAAACCUUUCCUUUUUCUAAAGUUCCAGAAGCCUUUCUGAAGGUAGAAAGAGGACAUGCAAGAGGAAAGACUGUAAUUAAUGUCGUUUAAAUAAAUACUGUUUGGUGA